GUCAAACAGCGCCCCCUAGUCAUCCUGAGGAGUCAGUCCAGCUCACCUCCUCCAGCUUUGUCACAUAACACCGCUGGACAGCACAGCACAGCACAGCGCAGGAGACUGACACCUCCUCGGUCUCUAUAUUUAGAUGUCUAACCUGCGUAAACAAAUCCAGUCCUCGGAGAAAACACAACUCGUCUCAGGAGGAAGCGGACGGUUCGGAGCGAAGGCCGAACAGUGAUGGCCUCAGUUAAAAAGGACGACAGGCUGACGAGGUCUCAGAGCUUCAUGUGUGUCGGUUUCGCAGGUUUUUUCAGCAAAACCGUCACGUCGCCUCUGGAGGUGGUUAAAAUUAAGAGCCAGGUGGGGACUUUUCACUCCAAGAGGGGUUUCUGGCAAAGUUUCCUCCUCGUCUACCAGAAUGAGGGACUUCGGGCAUUUUGGAAAGGAAACCUCACUUCUUGUCUGCGGUUGUUCCCUUACACCGCAGUUCACCUCACAACAUACAAAAAGAUAGUCCACCUUCACAUGGAUGAAUUGGGCUUCAUCUCUCAGUGGAGAGCCAUACUGGCCGGUGGACUUGCUGGCGUCGCUGCUGCAUUGGUCACGUACCCUCUGGAGGUGGCAGAAACCAGGCUCAUCGUCCAGAACUGCAGACAGCCAACGUACAUCGGUGUCGUUCACACACUGUCAAAGAUCUACGGGAGCGAAGGGCUGCUCGCUCUCUACAGGGGCUUCUCUCUCACUUUAUUGGGUGCUUUCCCCUUUUCUGUUGGUUGCUAUGUGGUUCACAUGAACCUGGACAAGAUCUGGCAGGAGCCUGCUUCUCGCUUCACUCCCCUCCAGAACUUCAUUAAUGGCUGUUUGGCAGCGGGAGUGGCCCAAACGCUCUCCUACCCUUUUGAAACUGUAAAGCGGAAGAUGCAGGCGCAGAGUGCCCGUCUGCCCCAUUUUGGUGGAGUAGACGUCCAUUUCAGUGGAACGAUAGACUGUUUCGUACAAGUUGUGAGAAACAAGGGCGUCCUCUCGCUGUGGAACGGCCUCACAGCCAACACAAUAAAGAUUGUUCCCUAUUUCGGCCUUCUUUUCACCUGCUUCGAGAUGUGUAAGCAGGUUUGCCUUUACCGCAACGGGUACAUCGUCUCACCCCUGAGCUACAAGCUUGCGCCGGGGGUCGACCAGAGUCUCGGGCCGAACGAGCUGCAAGAGGUGAAGCAAUACUUGAAGAACAGGAACUUUGGUUCAGGGGAGUCGUCUUUUGGAAACCAGUGGUGACAGUGCACAUGAUGUCUUGAGGACAAAUAUUGACUGCUGGCCCCCACUUGAACAGCAAAACGAGAUAUUUGUUGGACUGAAAUACUUCAGAGGCUUGUGACUGUAACAUUCACAUAACAUUGUGUUUCCGGUUUCAUGUCUUGAUAUCAGGUAUAAACUUAGAUUUACAUUAUGUCCCGUCAGUAAAGGUCUACCUCUUUCAGAAUACUUUGCAGUAUUAAUUGUUUAUGACGGGUUCACUCAUCCAAUAACUUCUUUUCAUGUCAGUUUUUAACCAAAUGUCAUGUGCCUUUGAGCGUUAACUAUUUAUUUUUAGGCUGACAUCAGAAAGUGCCAGAGUUAAAUCACAUUGGCUGAAAGGCUCUUUUACUCCAGUUGUAUGAUAGAUUGUAUUUCUGAUGUUUCAUAAGUUCGAUUAGAUUUAUCGCAAUCAUGUACAGGUGCUAACAUUGUGAUGCGAGGAAUGUGCUUAUGUCAUUAAAAUUUCACUGACACGUG